UCCCCGGGGGCCACCAUGAGCAGUGCUGAGAAGCUCGUCAUCGCGCGCCAGCUCACGCUCCUCGGCGUGGACGUAAUCGACGCGGGCUUCCCGGCCUCCUCAGCCGACGACUUCCACGCCGUGCGCUCCAUCGCCAUCGAGGUUGGGAACACGCCCGUGGGCGUUAGUGGCCACAUCCCCGUGAUCGGCGGCCUCUCCCGUUGCAACAAGAGCGACAUCGACGCUGCGUGGGAUGCCGUGAGGCACGCCCGACGGCCCCGCAUCAACACCUUCAUCGCCACGAGCGAGAUCCACAUGCAGCACAAGCUGCGCAAGACGCCCGAGCAGGUGGUGGCUAUUGCCAGGGAGAUGGUGGCCUACGCGCGCGCUCUGGGAUGCCCCGAUGUAGAGUUCUGCCCCGAAGACUCCGGCAGGUCAAAUAAAGAGUUCCUUUAUCACAUUCUAGAGGAAGUCAUACAAGCUGGAGCAACAACCAUCACAAUUGCGGACACUGUUGGCUCCAAUCUUCCAUUUGAAUUCGGCAAAUUAAUUGCUGACAUAAAAGCUAAUACUCCCGGGAUUGAUAAUGCCAUUAUUUCUACUCAUUGCCAUAAUGAUCUUGGCCUUGCAACUGCCAACACAUUAGCGGGUGCAUAUGCGGGAGCACGGCAGUUAGAGGUUACUGUUAACGGUAUCGGUGAAAGAGCUGGAAAUGCUUCAUUGGAGGAGGUUGUGAUGGCACUUAAAUGUCGCCCGGAACUCGUAGAUGGGAUGUAUACUGGAAUUAAUACCCACCAUAUUACUAUGACAAGCAAAAUGGUACAAGAAUACAGUGGACUUCACGUACAACCUCAUAAAGCUAUUGUUGGCGCCAAUGCAUUUGCUCAUGAAAGUGGAAUUCAUCAGGAUGGGAUGCUUAAAUACAAAGGAACUUACGAAAUAAUAUCACCUCAUGAUAUUGGUUUAACACGUGUCAACGACUCCGGUAUUGUUCUUGGGAAGCUCAGUGGAAGGCAUGCUGUUAGAUCUAUACUAGUGGAGCUUGGAUAUGAGAUCAAUGACAACAAAUUCGAGGAUUUUUUUAAACGCUACAAAGAGGUUGCGGAGAAGAAAAAGCGUAUAACUGAUGAAGACAUCAAAGCAUUACUAUCUGAUGAGAAUCUUGCGCCAGAAACGCGUCACACGAACAGAAACAUGGAGAAUAGAGUUGGGAGCAAGAUCGUGAAGGUGCAAACUGCAAUACCGGAGCAGCUUCCAGAGAAAUUUGGAGCCCGGUGGCAACAAGACGCGAUCGACGUGGCCGAGGAAGAAGACGAACUCACCCUCCCUCGGUAG